GAGAGUCUCAAAGCAGAGCACGGAAAGAUCCGCCUUCUCAGCGUCUUGCCCGGCGUUGGCGAAGAGGUCAUCAGAUGCACCCUGCGCAUCGCCACCCUUCUGGACCUAGACAGCUACGAGGCAAUGUCUUACGAAUGGGGCGAGCCGGGCCUCGGCAGGACAAUCCUGGUCAAUGACAGCGAGUUUGAAGUUGGCGAAAACCUGUUCCAGGCGCUUCGGCACCUUCGGCUGCCCGACUCAGCACGCGUCUUGUGGAUCGACGCUAUCUGCAUCAAUCAGUCCGACCUUCGAGAACGGAACCACCAAGUCCAGCAGAUGGCAGACGUCUACAGCAGGGCUCAACAGGUCAUUGCGUGGAUCGGU